CCCACGCAGCCGUUGUGAGAGUUGGUCCGUGUUUCUGGACAGAGGGCUGGGGGGCAGAACUGGAGGCGAGACAUGGAUGUAGAUGCUGUUAGCAAAUUCUCAUUAUUACAUGCCAAGCCAAAUGGACUCAUUCUUCAAUAUGGCACUGCUGGAUUUCGAACAAAGGCAAACCAUCUUGAUCAUGUCAUGUAUCGGAUGGGAUUGUUAGCUGUCCUGAGGUCAAAGCAGACCAAGUCCACUAUUGGGGUUAUGGUCACAGCGUCACACAAUCCUGAGGAAGACAAUGGUGUGAAGUUGAUUGAUCCUUUGGGAGAAAUGUUGGCUCCAUCCUGGGAAGAACAUGCCACCCAUUUGGCAAAUGCUGAAGAACAAGAUAUACAAGCUGUCCUGGCAGAAAUCAGUCAUCAAGAAGCUGUGAAUCUGCAACAGAAAGCCAUGAUAGUUAUUGGUAGAGAUACCAGGCCCAGCAGUGAGAAACUUUCACAGUCUGUAAUUGAUGGAGUUUCUGUUUUAGGAGGCCAAUACCAUGAUUAUGGCUUAGUAACAACACCUCAGCUUCACUACUUGGUGUGCUGUCAAAAUACUAAUGGGCAAUAUGGGAAGGCAACUAUAGAAGGUUACUACCAGAAACUCUCCAAGGCCUUUGUGGAGCUUACAAAACAGACUUUUAGAAGUGGUGAUGAGUACAGAGCUUUGAAAAUUGACUGUGCAAGUGGUAUAGGAGCCCUGAAACUGAAGGAGAUGGAAUGCUAUCUUCCACGAGAACUAUCACUUCACCUUUUUAAUGAUGGAACCAAAGGGAAACUCAAUCACUUGUGUGGGGCUGAUUUUGUGAAAAGUCAUCAGAAACCUCCACUGGGAAUAGAAGUAAAGCCCAAUGAGAGAUGUUGUUCCUUUGAUGGAGAUGCAGAUAGAAUUAUUUACUACUACAAUGAUGCUGAUGGCCGCUUCCAUCUUAUAGAUGGAGACAAAAUAGCAACUCUGAUUAGCAGCUUUCUUAAAGAGCUUCUCUCAGAGGUUGGAGAAAAUUUGAAGAUUGGUAUUGUACAAACGGCAUAUGCUAAUGGGAGUUCAACACGGUAUCUAGAAGAAGUCAUGAAGGUACCUGUUCAUUUUACCAAAACAGGAGUAAAACAUUUGCACCACAAGGCCCAAGAGUUUGAUAUAGGAGUUUAUUUUGAAGCCAAUGGCCAUGGCACAGUGUUAUUUAGUAAGGCUGCUGAAAUGAAAAUAAGGAAACUGGCAAAAGAGGAAAUAGAUGGAAAAAAAAGAAAAGCUGCUAUGAUGCUUGAAAAUGUUAUUGACUUGAUUAAUCAAACAGUUGGUGAUGCCAUUUCAGACAUGCUAUUAAUUGAAGCAAUCUUGGCUCUAAAAGGCCUCUCAGUACAACAGUGGGAUGCUAUUUAUACAGAUCUUCCAAACCGGCAACUUAAAGUCAAGGUUGCAGAUAGGCAAGUGAUAGAUACCACAGAUGCUGAGAGACGAGCAGUAACACCCCUAGGACUACAAGAAGUAAUUGAUGACCUAGUGAAGAAGUAUAGGUUCUCCCGGGCUUUUGUCAGGCCAUCUGGAACAGAAGAUGUCGUCAGAGUAUAUGCGGAAGCAGAUUCACAGGAAAAUGCAGAUAAUCUUGCACAUGAAGUUAGCUUGGCAGUAUUUCAGCUGGCUGGAGGAGUAGGAGAAAGACCGAAACCAGUUUUCUGAUGGAAUGUAUACUGACUUUUAAAAAAUUUUGAAAUAAAAAUAAGUGCCAUUAAUAUGUAAUGAUUUAUAACAUGGGAAGCUUAAAAUUAAUUUACAUUCAGAAUAUUUUAUGUGUAACUGAAAUAAAAUAAGUCCUUAUUUUCAAAGUAAACAUUCAGGAUUCUUCAUCUUUAAUAUUAUUGUAGUGAUUGUUGAAAGUUUGAUUUAUUGACCUAACUAUACGUUAAGCAUAGUAAAUAAAAGCAUCUAAAAAUGUUGCU